CCCGGCCCCAGCGUCAGGCUAGUUUGCCGCUGCGGUCCUUCACUGCCGGGGUCCCAGCCUUCUCGGGCCGGGGCCUCCGGCGCCGCGGCAGGACGGGGAGAAGAACUAUGGCGUCCUGCGUAGGGAGCAGGACUCUGAGCAAGGAUGAUGUGAACUACAGGAUGCAUUUCCGCAUGAUCAACGAGCAGCAAGUGGAGGACAUCACCAUAGACUUCUUCUACCGGCCGCACACCAUCACCCUGCUCAGCUUUACCAUCAUCAGCCUCAUGUACUUCGCCUUCACCAGGGAUGACUGUGUUCCUGAAGACAACAUCUGGAGAGGCAUCCUUUCCGUUAUCUUCUUCUUCCUCAUCAUCAGCGUGUUAGCAUUCCCCAAUGGCCCUUUUACUCGGCCCCAUCCAGCCUUAUGGCGAAUGGUUUUUGGCCUCAGUGUGCUGUACUUCCUCUUCUUGGUAUUCCUCCUGUUCCUGAACUUCGAGCAGGUUAAAUCCCUGAUGUAUUGGCUCGACCCCAAUCUCCGAUACGCCACCAGAGAAGCAGACAUCAUGGAGUAUGCCGUGAACUGUCAUGUGAUCACCUGGGAGAGAAUCGUUAGUCACUUUGAUAUAUUUGCUUUUGGGCAUUUCUGGGGCUGGGCCAUGAAGGCCUUGUUGAUCCGUAGUUAUGGGCUCUGCUGGACAAUCAGUAUCACCUGGGAGCUGACAGAGCUUUUCUUCAUGCAUCUUCUGCCCAACUUUGCUGAGUGCUGGUGGGACCAGGUCAUUCUGGACAUCCUGUUGUGUAAUGGUGGUGGAAUCUGGCUGGGCAUGGUCGUUUGCCGGUUUUUGGAGAUGAGGACUUACCACUGGGCAAGCUUCAAGGACAUCCACACCACCACAGGGAAGAUCAAGCGUGCUGUGCUACAGUUCACCCCUGCUAGCUGGACCUACGUCAGGUGGUUUGACCCCAAGUCUUCCUUUCAGAGAGUGGCUGGUAUAUACCUUUUCAUGAUCAUCUGGCAGCUGACUGAGUUGAAUACCUUCUUCUUGAAGCACAUCUUUGUGUUCCAAGCCAGCCAUCCCUUAAGCUGGUGCAGAAUUCUCUUCAUCGGCUGCAUUACGGCUCCCACAGUGAGACAGUACUACGCCUACCUCACGGACACACAGUGCAAGCGUGUGGGGACACAGUGCUGGGUAUUUGGGGUCAUUGGUUUCCUGGAAGCCAUUGUUUGCAUCAAAUUUGGACAAGAUCUCUUCUCUAAGACCCAGAUACUCUACGUGGUGCUUUGGCUUCUUUGUGUGGCCUUCACUACGUUCCUGUGUCUGUACGGCAUGGUUUGGUAUGCAGAGCACUAUGGACACCGGGAAAAGACCUAUUCAGAGUGCGAAGAUGGCACUUACAGUCCAGAGAUCUCUUGGUAUCACGGGAAAGGCUCAAAAGGUUCUGAGGACAGCCCACCGAAGCAUUCAAACAACAACGAAAGCCAUUCUUCCAGAAGAAGGAACCGGCAUUCCAAGUCCAAAGUCACCAAUGGAGUUGGGAAGAAAUGAAGGAGGCGAGUUAAUGUCCGAUGUUCCAGAGUGCCUAGACCUGAGAGGAAAACAGCACAUUUGGACCUUCCUAUGCGGAGAUCAAAAUGUACAGAAAGAACAGAGGGAGCUUUGAGGAUCAUGAUUUGAGGGUAUAAGUCUUGUCUCCCAUCCACCUGGACACAACACUAGGUUCACCAUGGCUUGGGGCCCUUUGCCAACUGGAGUUGUUUCUUAACUUCAGCACAUGGCUUGCGUUCUCUGGUAGCAAUACAGUGUGCUGGAAGGACAGGAGAGCUGUUUGUCCCCAGCUGCCAGCAGUGGCUCUAUGCUGGUGUGUCUUGUGGAUGUUGUAUAAAUGUCUUCAUUCAGAUGUUGACUUAACCGACUGGCUAAUGAACUGGUCACUGGGUUUUAUUUUUAUGAGUCUGCCUUUCCAUUUGAUUGAUUGUUUACAUUCAGUCAGUCUGCUCUUACUUAGUGUUUUCAAGUUAAAAUGCUUAAAAGCUUCCAGAAUCCACUGCUGAAACUGGGGGAGGGUUCCUUCUGGAGAAACAAAGGGUGGAAGGAGCUUAUAUCCCUGCUUAGCAUACUCAGUCCCCAGCCACACGGCAGAUGACCAGCAGCCUGAGUGAAGAGGCUGGCUGCUGGCCCUGGAGCCUCGGCUUUAGAUUAGAACUGUUUUUGUUCCCUUCCAAAUACUGUCCAGACUGAGUGCACAAGAACGACCUUGCUAGAGGGGCUGGGACACGGGCUCUCCUGCCAGGUGCCUUUUCCGCGUGCGUGGUUUUCCUUCUGUGAUGUGUUACCUUCUUCAUCUUUCUGUCUCAUGUGAGGUGCUAGUGAGUAUUAACUAACCUUCGUCUGUGCCAUGCUCUACUAGAACAUUCUCCGGGUCUACCCUGGAUCCUUGUUUAAAUAAACCAGUUCACAUUAAAAAGUUCAUCAAAGAUC